AUGGUAAAAAGAGUCCCCACAAAGACACAGGAGGGUCAGCCACACAGCUCACUGCUCCAGGUCAACCUGUGGUCUCACACAGGCGAGGAUUCACUUCCCCGGGAGCUGGUCACUGCUGUGGAGAAAGGAGACGAGGCAGGGGUGAGAUUGGCACUCGAGAGGGGUGCCAGGGCCGAGGUCACUGUCCCCAUUAAUGAUAGGGUGUCAGGGAGUCUGCUAACUCUGGCUGCCAGCGAGGGCCACGACCACCUACUGCCUCACUUACUGCAGGCGGGGUUAAGCAUAGAAGGUUGGGGCACCACUGACGCGACACCGCUGAUGCUGGCUGCCUUGUUUGGCCACAACCAGACAGUAAAGGCACUGUUGGACCUCGGCAGUAACCCUCUGGCCACGUAUGGUGAAGGUGAGGCUGUGCUGGUGGAGGUGGUGGUAGUGAUGGUGGUGGUGGUGGUGGUAAUUGUAGAUGUAGAUACUGUUAGAAAUGGUAGAAAGGCCAAUGCUCAUACUAUAGACAGCGUCACUGUAACAUUACAAAAUAGGUUUGCUGCGUUGCAACAGGAGACCGAACCUGAAUCGGAUGUAAUUCUGGUUGGGGAUAGUCUUGUUAGUGGCCAGAGUAACGAGUUUUGUCGAGGCAAGCCUACAUUAGACAAUAACAUCUUAGAUAUCGUCUUAGCCUCUGACACUGAUCUAAUAAAUACUUGUGAAGUGGACUGCGGCAUUGUGUCAAGAAUAUCCAAGUUCGCCGACGACACUAAACUAAGUGAUAAAGUACUUACAAGAGACGACUGUGAUGUCAUCCAGCAAGAUUUACAUAACCUUAGUAGCUGGAGCGACAAAUGGCUUUUAAAUUUUAAUGGGGAUCAAUGCAAAAAAGACAUUAAGAAAUUGGAGAGCGUGCAAAGACAAGCAUCCAAACUAAUCCCAGGAAUACGUGGUCUGUCUUACGAUGAGAGUCUAAAAAGAUUAAAUAUGUUUUCCCUUAGAGAUCGUCGCAUCCGAGAAGACCUCAUCCAAACGUUCAAAAUACUUAACAAUAUAGAUAAGAUAGAUUACAAAAAUCUCUUUGAGCUGUCGCAAUCAGCAAACACCCCGGUACACACCGCCAGUUAUGAAGGCCACGUGGAGGUACUGGAGCAGCUGGCAGGUGCUGGCUGGUCCCUCACCGCAAGGAAUAGUGAUGGCGACACACCCAUGCACCGUGCUGCGGCAGGGGGCAGCGUGACAUGUCUGCAAUGGCUGGUGCAGCGAGGAGGUGACCCGAGCGUGCAAAAUAAUGCAGGACACACCCCGCUUGACCAGGUACGCAGUGGGGAGGGGAAGGAGGGUGCACGUAUGUAA